CAGUCGACGCGAACGUCUCGGCGCGCCGCUCGCGCCCGCCGCCGCCGCCGCCGACUCCCGCCAAAACUCGCCGCGAGGGCGAACGUUAAAAAGUUUCUCCUAUUCCGCUUUCGGCCGGAGCCGGGGCGGCCGGGUCCGGAGCCGGACUGACCGCCGUGGUCGUCGCGCGUCGACCGCGCCGCGGAGCCGCGUUUCAAAAAUAAAACGUCGUCGAUUCGAAACCGGAGCACCUCGAAGGUUAAUGACAAAAUAAAAAACGUGCACCGACCGAUGUGUCCGAGCGGCCGGGCCGGAGUCCCCGCCUGAGUGCGUCCCCACAAUUUUUCACUCGGAGAUAUAGUUAUCAUUCAUUCUGUAUCCGUUCUGCGAUUGGGCGAUUCGCGAAGACGGUGCUCCGGCUUCGAGACCGACUUUCAUAAAUUUCGGCGGGGUCUGUCAGAUCAGAAUGAAAAAUAUAUUAGAACUCGAGGAAUAAUUUUAAAAUAUAUUUUUCCGUCCGAUGAAGAUCACAUCCGCUGUUCAAUCGCGUCGUAUAUCUUCCUAUCGUGUGUCGCGCGAUCUGACGGCCCCAUUGUGAACUCGCAACAGCGCGCCGGCCGGGAUGAGCGCGCGGUAGGCGCUGCAGGGCGCGGUAGGCGCGGUGCGCGCGGCGCGAUGGCGGGCGCGCGGGAACCAUGACACCCCGGAGACAUGCCGCCGCGGGGCCGCAGCAGCAGCGGACGCCGAGGGGGCUGUGACCACACUGCCGACUGUCGUGCCUUAUCCACAACGAACGGUGACGGUGCUAGUGUAAGAUGAUAGCGACGGAUCGGGGGAUGAGCGUUUAAAAUGUUAGACGUUUUCCGCGGUUUAAAGAAUCUCAUCAAAGUGAACUAUGUCCACAUCGACUCGCCCGUGUUCCGGCUGCACUACUCGAUCACGGUGAUCCUGCUCAUCUCGUUCAGCCUGAUCGUGACCACGCGCCAGUACGUGGGCAACCCCAUCGACUGCAUCCACACGAAGGACAUCCCGGAGGACGUGCUCAACACGUACUGCUGGAUCCACUCCACGUACACCCUCAAGAGCUUCUUCAACAAGAAGGUGGGCGUGGAGGUGCCCUACCCCGGCAUCGGCAACAGUCGCGAGAAGGGCAAGGAAGACAUGAGCGACCGCAAGAUAUACAAGUACUACCAAUGGGUGUGCUUUUGCCUAUUCUUUCAGGCAAUGUUGUUCUACGCGCCGCGCUGGCUGUGGAAGUCGUGGGAGGGGGGCAAGAUCCGGGCGCUGAUGAUGGACCUGGACGUGGGGGUGUGCACGGAGAUAGAGAAGAAGACCAAGAAGAAGCUCAUCCUGGACUAUCUUUGGGAGAACCUGCGGUACCACAACUGGUGGGCCUACCGGUACUACCUGUGCGAGGGACUCGCUCUUAUCAAUGUUAUAGGGCAAAUGUUCCUGAUGAACCGGUUCUUCGAUGGCGAGUUCAUGACGUUCGGGCUGGACGUGAUCGCGUACAUGGAGUCCGACCAGGAGGACCGCAUCGACCCCAUGAUCUACAUAUUCCCCAGGAUGGUCAAGUGCACUUUGUUCAAUAAGUUCGGGUCCUCGGGCGAGGUGGAGCGGCACGACGCGCUCUGCAUCCUGCCCCUGAACGUCGUCAACGAGAAGAUCUACGUGUUCUUGUGGUUCUGGUUCGUGAUCCUCGGGUUCCUCACGUUCAUCACGCUGGUCUACCGGGUCAUCAUCAUCUUCUCCCCGCGCAUGCGCGUGUAUAUGAUGCGCAUGCGCUUCCGACUCGUGCGGCGGGACAACGUCGACACGAUCGUUCGGCGCAGCAAGAUGGGCGACUGGUAUCUCCUGUACAUCCUCGGGGAGAACCUCGACUCGGUCAUCUUCCGGGACAUCAUGCACGAGUUCGCGAACAAGCUGAACCACAACUACCAACACCACAUUCACGGCGUCCCGGACGCGUGACCUCCGAUCCCGGGGUGGGUGUUCCACACUUGACUGACGUCGUUGCAGCGCGAUAUGGACCCGCCCGUCUGAAGCGCUGGAACCGAGUCUCGCAACUCUCAAGGGAACAAUAUCUUCGUUAUGUGUAUAGUAAAAGUCGGGCCCGAGCGUGGCGCCCUAGGGCACGCCUCGCCUCGCCCGCGUCGGACUGUACUACAGUGUAUUAUAGUUGUUAAAGACUCGUGGAACGGUACUCACAAUGGUUACAGUGCAAUUCUAAAUACGCAAUAAUAUAUUGUACUUAAUAGUUAAGAACGUGAUCUCAGGAUGAAUCCUAUCGAAAGCCUAAGAGAAGUCAUCGCGACGGCUAUCCCGUUAGAAUAACUAGUGUUCAACUUUUAGAGGUAUUUUUAACUCGUAGUUCGCUGCUCAUAGUGAUUGUUUGUCAGGAUCGCUUAAUUUUUUUAAACUAUAGCAAAUAAUCGAAGAUAAGCACACGGAAGGCACACUGUUUAUCUUUUACACGAUUUCACACUUGCAAAGUUUGAUCGACCAAUUAUAAAAUUAAAGCAAUAAUUAAUGGAAUAAUUAAUGUAGAGUUAGUGAUUAUAAUUGGAAUAGAAAUAAUAAUUGUUGACCUAACGAACGAUCGUCACAAAAAUGUCGUACUCGUUGACGUAUUCAACUUUUGCGCGCCAAAAGACAUUUUACGUUAAAAUAUAGAAACGAAGAAAUAAAUACAACUGUAGAUAUAAAAUAUUAUCUGACUUCGAUUAUAAUGUUACAUUGUUACGACUUGUGUUCAUUUAUUGAUUUUAUUGUAAUGAUUGUAAAUAUUAUUCAUAAUAUAAUUCCAAAUGUUCGUAUGCAUUUUCUUUUGUCUAUAAUAUGAUUAAUUAUAAAUGUCAAUUCACGAUUAUACAUUUCGUAUCAUGUAUUAGCUUGCCUGAAGUUAGUUCUUGGGUCAAUUGAAUGACGUGCAGAUGAACACUAACUUCAGGAAAGCGGGGAUGGAGGUUAGCUCACACCGAGAUGCGAAACGGCGCUGAAUUUCGUGAGCCAGUUAUUAUCACCAAACAAACUUUAUCCGCUACACAAAACGUUACAUGUUUUGUUGCAAGAGAAGUGCCGCGUAGUGUAAAUCCAAUUUGAAACUCUGGUAAUGAAACAUGUAUUUUAUUGUUUGCUAAAUAGAUGUAUACUUUCAAUGCUAUUAAAAAAACAGCGCUGCAUCUCGAUGUGACCUGACACGAGGGUAACAAAGAUACUCAUUACUAAUACGAUGCCGUGUUAGAUGAUGUUAAAUCUGAGAAAGAUUUGUGUUCUUUGUAGAUUAUAAACGAUGAGGUUACCAACGUAAAGGGUAUAUUGGGUGUCAUUAGAGAAAUUGGUGUUUAAUUUACUAUAAUUGCUUAAUAUUGUGUUCAAUACAAUCGGAGUGCUUCCAAAAUUCGAUGACGUGACGUCAUCAAAAUUAUUAGUGCUGGUAAAGUGCGAGUUUCAGAUUGUAUUCAGAACGUAUGGAGAUCAGCUAGUCCAAAGGUUACUACGGAUGAUGUAAAUGACGUAAAAGAUAAAUUCGAUAAGUUCACAGAUAACACUUUACAAAAAUGUUAUGAACCUUAUACUAGAAGAUCUUUAUACUGGUAUAGCAAUAUUAUUUGUUGAAGGGGCCCCACGGACAAACUGAAUAAUAACGUGGGGCUCACUAACAUAGAACAUGUAUCUAGUCACUAAUAUGCAAUCAAUGUGAACAAAACCAAUUUCAAUAAAGUUUUAUUUACAAAGAGUAAAGUUAUUAAAUGUGUUUUACAUUUCUCUACAAACUAUAAACAGAAUACCACACACGACGAAGUGGUACAAAGAAAUUGCAAAAUCAUGGCGGGCUUAGAAAAAAAUUUCUUUCGAUUUAAAAUCGGAAAGUUACAAGCUCUUGUCCGAAGUCAAUCUAUAUUAUCUUACGGUUGCACUUAGAGACGUUUAAUGAUUAACUUUAAUUUAACGAAGAAUUUGGGAGAUAAUGUAAGAAGCUUUUACUUUACAUCAAAACCCACACUCAAUUAAAGUACAUACCUAGUCAUCAAAUCUCUCUAAAUGCGGCCAUUCGGGUUCAGUUCUAUAGAUAUCAACUUUUUAACCGACUACGAUAUUAAAUUAGUUUUCUAUCAUUCCUCUUGAGUUUUGUUUGCAUUAAUUGCCCGGUCGAAAGCAGAUAAGUCUAAAGCUGGAUAAUCAGUAUUGUUAAUUGUAGAGAAUAUAAGGAAUGCCAAAAAAUGUGCCAAAGUAAUACAUAGAGGGCCACUGUAAGGGGGAAGUUGCCGAAACGGUUAACGAAUAAAACAUUCUAAAUA